CAUGAAACUCACCUCAGUUUUCUCUCUGGCUGCCGCUGGCCUGAGCAGCGCAACUCCACUCUUCAUCGACAUCACCCCCCGAGCCCUCCCAAAUGCACCCGACGGAUACGCUCCGGUCAAUGUCACCUGUCCGGCUGUGAGACCGUCGAUCCGGAGUGCAGCAAGUCUGUCGCCAAACGAGACGAAAUGGCUAGAGCCUCGUCGCAAGGAGAUCAUCUCGCCAAUGAAAAAUCUCCUCACUCGGUUGAAUAUUUCUGAUUUCGAUGCGGCGGCCUAUCUUGACCGGGUAUCUGCCAACUCCUCCAAUAUCCCUACCGUCGGGAUCGCGGUCUCAGGGGGCGGAUACCGGGCCAUGCUGAACGGGGCUGGAGCCCUCAAGGCCUUUGAUAGUCGGACAGCAAACUCGACGGCCGAGAGCCAGCUCGGCGGGCUUCUCCAGUCAGCGACGUAUCUCUCAGCUCUCAGUGGAGGCGGCUGGUUGGUCGGGUCUGUCUUCAUCAACAACUUCACCACUAUCGAUGCACUUCAAUCCAGCGAUCGGAUCUGGGAUCUGCGGACCAAUGUCCUCGAAGGGCCGAAUGUCAAACACUUUCAGCUCCUGUCUACGGCAGAGUACUGGAGCGACCUGGUAGAAGCAGUUCACUCAAGGAAGCACGCCGGCUUCAACACUUCCAUCACCGACUACUGGGGACGGGCGCUCUCGUACCAGUUCAUUAACGCGUCAGACGGCGGGCCCAGCUACACUUGGUCGUCCAUUGCGUUGAUGGAUAACUUUAAGAACGGCCAGGUCCCGCUGCCCCUUCUCGUAGCCGACGGCCGGAAUCCAGGGGAAUUGGUGGUCGGGUCGAACUCGACAGUGUAUGAGUUUAGCCCGUGGGAGUUUGGCACUUUUGACCCGGCCAUCUAUGCCUUUGCGCCACUCGAAUAUCUCGGCUCCGACUUUACGGCGAAUGGAUCCUGUGUGAGGGGAUUCGAUAAUGCCGGGUUCGUUAUGGGCACCUCGUCUAGCCUCUUCAAUCAGGGGCUACUCCGCCUGAAUAGCACGUCUAUCCCCGAGACCUUUAAGAAGGCGCUCGCGUCGAUCCUUGAAGCAGUUGGGCAGGCAAACGAAGAUAUCGCCAGCUACCCGAAUCCCUUCAAGGGCUAUCAGGGCAGCACCGCGGCCAUUUCAGCCAUCAGCGAGCUCAACAUCGUUGACGGCGGCGAAGACGGCCAAAACAUCCCCUUUCACCCACUCAUUCAGCCGGCCAGACAGGUAGACGUCAUCUUCGCGAUCGACUCGACGGCCAACAUUCACAACUGGCCGAAUGGGAAGAGCCUGGUUCGGACGUACGAGCGCAGCCUGAACUCGACCGGCGUUGGCAAUGGGACGGUCUUCCCAACGAUCCCAGACACCAACACCUUCAUAAAUCUGGGCUUGAAUCAGCGGCCGACUUUCUUCGGAUGCGAUGCGAAGAAUCUGACCGGCCCUGCACCGUUGAUCGUCUACCUUCCCAAUGCACCGUACACGCACAUGUCGAAUACCUCCACAUUUGACCUGAGCUACAGCUAUGCCGACCGCGACGCCAUGAUCCUAAACGGGUACAAUGUCGCCACACGCGGAAACGGAACAGUGGAUAGGCAGUGGCCUGCGUGCGUGGGGUGCGCGAUUCUUAGCCGGUCUGCGAAUAGGACGGGGACCUCGCUGCCCGAUGCUUGCACGCAGUGCUUUCAGAACUACUGCUGGAAUGGCACAAUUGAUAGUCGCCAGCCACAAGAUUAUGCGCCUGCACUCAUGAUCAAGACGAGUGCAGCGGGGACGAUCAGGCCUUGGGGGUUUUCAGUGCUGCUAUUGGCUCUGUUGACUUGGACGUGGUAGUGGGGGAGAAGAUGGUCACUGGCGUGAGAAACACUCUGGCAGGGACAGGGGAACUAUUGGAUAAAAUCAAUAGAACUAUAUAGAAAGCGGUUGGUCAGCUAUUGACGCUCAGACGCUAGUAGUCAAGUCUUAGCAGGGUGCUGCUGGUCUACGCAGAACUCUCACGGUGUCUAUGGCCAAGGAAUCA